AUGCCGACCGUUCCCGUCGUGGCUGAGGAGCUCUACGAGCGCCUUGGCAGGAUAUACACUGACGAUGAACUGAACAGCUUGUGCUUCGCCUUUGGGGUGGAAUUGGAUGAAGUGGUGGAACUGGAGGGUCAGAAAACCCUCAAAAUAGAUGUCCCAGCAAAUAGGUACGACUUGCUGUGCGUGGAGGGCCUCGGAAGGGCCCUGAAGGUCUUCACCGCAAAAGACCCUUUAGGGUCCAUCCCCUCUUUGCGGCUCUCGGGGCCCCCCAAGAUUACGCUGCACGUCAAGGCGUCCGCCCAGGGGCCCCGGCCCUUCAUCGCCUGCGCGGCCCUUCGAGGUGUCCGCCUUAACCCCAGGCGCCUUCAGUCCUGCAUAGAGCUUCAGGAGAAGCUCCACCACACUCUGUGCAGGCGCCGCACCCUCGUGUCCAUAGGCACUUACGACUUGGCCCUGCUCCAGCCCCCCUUUUCUUAUGGGGCUUAUCCCCCCCAAGAGGUUUUCUUCCAGCCCCUCGGCUGCAGCGAAUUGCCCCCGAUGAAGGGCCCCCAAAUCCUCACCCACUUCGCUGCACAUCCGCAGCUCAAGCACUUUGUCUCGUUUUGUGUCUCUGUUGUGGCCGUCUCUCGUGCUGCACAUUUGCUGCACUUUGCUGCUGCUGCUGCAUGCUUUUGCUCUUUGGGGCUGCUGCCUCCGUCUUUAUGCGGGCCCGUGGGCUGCCCUCUGGCCCUGGCAGCAGCAGCAGCAGCAGCAGCAGCACGAGCAGCAGCAGCAGAGGGCGCUGGUCUAGGGGGAGUUGCGGACUCUUGUGAACUGCCGCUGCUGCUGCUGCUGCUGCUGCAGCAAUACCUGCACAUGCUGGAGGGCCAGCCCCGACUCUACCUUUUGAAAGACUCAAAAGGCCAAGUCCUUUCUAUGCCUCCCCUCAUCAACGCCGAGGGCUGCAAACUGACGGCGGACUCCAGAGACAUCUUCAUUGACUGCACUUCGGUGGAAGAGAACAAGGGCCAAGUGGCACUGAACACGGUGGUGGCGAUGCUGGCGGAGUACUGCGAAGAGCCUUUUGCUGUGGAGCCAGUGCGGGUGGUUUACGAGGCGGAGGGCCGCGAGCUGGUGACUCCUUGCCUGGACAUGCGCGAAAUGAAGGUCCAGAUGUCCACAGUGCGGCGCAUUUGUGGCCUCCAGAACUUAGCAGCAGCAGAAGCAGCGCAGCAGCUGCAUCGGCUGAUGCUGCCGGCUCGCCCAGACCCUCACGACGAGCGCGACAGUCUCCUGGUUUCCGUGCCUCCCACCCGCACAGAUGUGAUGCACGAGGUGGACGUGGCCGAGGACGUGGCGAUUGGGAUCGGUUUUGAGACGAUCCCACGAACGGUGGCCCCGAAGUUGGCCUGCAACCCUCGCUCGCUGCUGAAGCAAAGUUUGAGGACUUUGUUGGUUUCUUUGGGAUUCACAGAGUGCCUCACGUUUGCCCUUUGCAGCCAAGAAGAAAACGCAGAGGCCCUCAAGAAGCCCCUCUACCACCCCCACCAGCCCACCCCCGCCUUCGACCCCCUCGAACACCAGUGGGGAGGCAUGCCCGUGCUGCUGUCGAACGCAAAGACACGGGAACUGACAGAGACGAGGACUCAGUUGCUUUCGGGACUUCUCAAGUCUCUCGCGACCAACAUCGGCCGCAGGGAGAUGCCCAUUCGACUCUUCGAGAUCGGAGACGUGGUGAUUAGGGACGAUAGGACAGAGACUGGCAGCCGCAACUUGCUGUACUGCAGCGCCGCCUUUGCUGACGAACACGGCAGCGGUCUGGAGGAGGUGCACGGGCUGCUGGACGCGGCGCUGGAGGCCAUGGGGCUAAUAGGGGAUUAUGUGGUGGCUGAAAGACAAGCAGCAGUUGCUGCUGGCCGCGAGGAGCAGCAGGAGGCCCUCAAGACUUUUGAGAACAUGCGCAUUUUCUCUCUAAAGCCUACGCAGCUGCCGACGUUUUUGCCCGGCCGCCAGGUGGAGAUCUCUGUGAGCCGCCGUACCUUCAAGGAGCGCGGGGCCACCUUCAAGCGAACAGAAGCAGCAGCGGAGCAGCAGCAGCAGCAGCAGCAGCAGACGAAUGGUGCCUCCCACGCAGCAGACCCGGACUGCCUCACUCUGGGCCACAUGGGCACUCUACACGUCGACUGCCUCCGCGCCUUUGGCCUUGCUGUUCCUGUUUCUCUUGUGGAGUUCACACUGGAGCCCUUCUUGCAUUGGUUGCCAGAGACAGACCUCAUAUUUGCCUGA